AUGCCACUUCCGAGUCAACGUUCAACCAAGACUCGGAGGAACUCUACAAGUUUUACCAUGGCUGUCGAUAUCCUUAUCCUAGGCGCAGGAUGGACUUCCACCUUUCUCAUCCCUUUGUGCGACGAACGAUCGUUGACUUACGCAUCCACCACUCGUGACGGACGCAAUUCUACCAUCCCCUUUCAAUUCGAUCCCAACUCUCAAGAUUUAGAACCAUACAAGAUCUUGCCCGACGCUGCCACUGUGUUGAUCACUUUCCCGAUUCAGACGACUGGGGCCUCGGAGCGGCUGGUAAAAUUUUAUGCGGCAAGUAGGGGGAAAAGUGACAGGUUACAUACGAGUAUUAGAUCCAUCCAGCUAGGGUCUACAGGUAUUUGGGAUCACAAGUGGUACGACCGGCACUCACCAAUCGCCGAAUCCAGUUUGCGUGGCGCGGCAGAGGCGGAACUACUUGCCCUAUCGCCGGAGUUCCCAACGACCGUUCUUAACCUCGCCGGUCUGUGGGGAAAUUUACGCUCAAUGAGGAAAUUUGUCGGAAAGGUCGCGCCAACGAAAGAGGCGUUGAAGAAUAAGGGAAGCUUACACAUGAUUCAUGGCCUCGACGUGGCUCGUGCCAUCCUCGCCGUCCAUGCAGAAUUUUCCAAAGCUCGAGGCCAACGAUGGAUAAUCACCGAUGGGCGGGUUUACGAUUGGUGGGAUCUUGCAUCGGCAUGGGGUACUGCUUGUGUGCCACCCAAUGACGAAAUUCCGGGGAAUCAAUCGAAUGCCGUCUUCACCUCGGAAGGAGUAGAAGAUCGCGGUCCUCACGCCAGAUGGGUGCGCGAGUUGAUGCAGGAAUUCGGUGUUCGUGCGCUGCCUCGAAAUGUCGAGGCAUUGGGUCGUGCUUUUGAUUCUAGGGAUUUUUGGAGCACGUUUGAGCUCAGUCCCAUCAAGGCCCGAUUGGAUUAA